AUGUCCGAGCACCACGGCAGCGACUACUGCGGCCGCAAGUACCUCACGCCGAGCUGCGACCCGUACGCGUUCUGGCUUGGCACGGGCGUGGUGCUUGCGCUCAUCUGCCUCGCGGGUCUCAUGGCUGGCCUCACCAUGGGCCUCCUCUCGCUCGACCUCCUCAACCUCCAGAUCCUCCAGCUGGAGGGAUCGCCAGAAGAGAAGGUCCGCGCCGGCCGUGUCCUCCCCGUGAUCCAGCGCCACCACCUGCUGCUCGUCUCGCUGCUCCUCUUUAACGCCGCCGCCAACGAAGCGCUGCCCAUCUUUCUCGCGCGGCUCAUGCCCGAAGCGCAGGCGGUCGUCGUCUCGGUCACGUGCGUGCUUCUGUUUGGUGAGAUCCUCCCGUCCGCCAUCUUUACCGGCAAAUCGCAGCUCGCGAUCGCAUCGUACCUCAUGCCUGUCGUCCAGCUGCUCAUGAUGCUGGCGUCGCCCGUCGCCUACCCCAUCUCGAAAGUGCUCGACUGUCUCCUUGGUAAAGACCACAACGGCACGCGCUACAAGCGCAAGGAGCUCAAGGCGCUCAUCACACUGCAGCAGCAGACGCACCCGUGGCCGCUUGCGCCGCACCCCCAGCGCCGCUUGAGCCAAGUCGGCAACAUGAUGUCGCCGUCGCCGAGCAACUAUCACGGGUAUGGCACGCAUCUGCACACGGACGAAGUCACAAUCAUCCACGGCGCGUUGGACCUUACGACCAAGACGGUGGCCGACGUCAUGAUCCCGUGGGCCGACGUCUUCAUGCUCGACGAAGAGACCCUUUUAAAUGCCAACACACUGGCCGAGAUCUUGGCGUCCGGCCACAGUCGGAUUCCUGUCUACCGCGGCGACCUCAUGAACAUUGUGGGCCUCCUCCUCGUGAAGCGGCUCAUCGUGCUGGACCCCGCCGACGCGCGACCGAUCAAGGAUCUCAUGCUCAAGAAGCCGAUGGUCAUUUCGCCGAGCUACUCGUGCUACGCGCUUCUUAACGAGUUUCAGAAAGGCCGGUCGCACAUGGCGCUUGUGACGGACGACGUCGAGCACGUUCAGUUUUGCUGGGUCGCCAACCACGACCUCUGCAGCGACGUGCGCUUCAUAGGCAUUGUCACAAUCGAAGACGUGGUCGAGGAGCUCAUCCAAGAGGAAAUUGAAGACGAGGCCGACCUCGGCAAGUCGCUCUCGCACUCGUCGCGCCACUUGAUCGAGACGCGCGAGGUCGGUGUCGUGCGCUGCGUCGCCAAACUCAAAAUGCUCGCUGGCCGCGCGCGCCGCCGCGUGUACCAGCGCUACCACUCGUCGCCGCGGCGAAAGUCGUCGAGCACCAAUAGCCCGAGCGGGUUUCAGUCGCCGGGCAAAGCUGCCGCCUUCUCGGCGACCGAACGCACCCCGCUGCUCGUCUCGGUCAAAGUGGACAGCUCGCCGAGAGUCUCGGACGCGUAGACGUUCAAUCGCCGUCGUUGCUCGUAUGACAAGGUCGUACAAAGCACCGAUAUAUAAAUAUACCAAUGGAAUCUACCGGUAGCUCUGCA